UUACCGGCAACAUAGUGCCGUCUUGUUAGUCUCUCCGAACAGGUAGUUUAGCCCGGCCGGUUUCGAGUUAAAACAAAUCCAUAAAAUAAACCAAAGAGCAUCACCAUUAGCAAUGGAAAAAUCUCCCGGCGGUUAUGUGGUCUAUGAUUGCGACAUUGGCAAUGAUGAUGCCUGGGGAUUGCUAAUACUAAUCAAGGGUGAAAAACUAUUUCAAAAUAUGGCCACUAAUGGUCUGCCAAACAAGGACAUUGAUGUUCGCGAACCCUAUAAAAUAUUGGGCAUUACUUGCGUUCAAGGCAACACCAGUGUGGACAAUUGUGUUAAAAAUGCAUUUAGAGUUUUGGAAAGUGUUGAUAGAUUGGAUAUACCAGUUUACAAGGGCUGCUCCAAUCCCAUAUUGCCGCGUACAUGGAAACGUGAGCGUCUGUUUCAUGGGCAAGAUGGUUUUGGUGAUAUUCCCGAUUUGCCAGAAGUUACAACUACAAAAAUUCAAAAGGAGCAUGCAGUCAAUAUGAUGUAUUCCGCUGUGUGUCAGUAUCCCAACAAGGUUGACUUCUUGCUAGUGGGCCCUUUGACCAAUUUCGCCAUGUGUAUUAAUAUGUAUGGCUCGGAUUUCUUAGACAAAGUACGAAAUGUUUGGAUUAUGGGUGGAAAUUACAGGGGCAAAGGCAAUAUCACCAAAAGUGCUGAAUUCAAUUUUAUGAUGGAUCCCGAAGCAGCCCAUAUUGUUUUGGAAUCUGUGGAUAAGCCUGUUUCAUUGCUGCCCUGGGAGUCUUGUAUUGAUGGUGAUAUGAAUUUAGAAAUGGAUUGGCGUUUGAAUGUUCUGGGCAAAGUUGACUCCAAGGUCAUACGUCUGCUAAAUGAUGUAGAGAAUGCAAUUUUAGUCACCAAAGGCUUCAUACGUUGGAUUGUCUGCGAUGCUGUACUAGUGGCUGCCUAUUGCUUUCCCCAGUUGGCCAUAACCCGAAGUCGCAUGUAUCAUGCUACGGUGGAGCUAACCGGCACCCAUACUCGAGCCCAAAUGGUUUUGGAUCAUUUAAGGCGAAAUAAAGAGAACACCUGUGUCAUCUUGGAAAUACAUAAACAACACUACAAGGACAUAAUAUCCUGGGCAGGAGGUCUAAUGUCAGAUGCUGAAAUGGUUGAGGUUAUGAGAGCCAAGAGAAGGGAAGAUUUGUAA